UGCGCCUGGAAAGGAACAGCACCAAAUGUUCUAUUUUCAUUUCAACGAAAAGUGUUUAUUUUUGUCAGCCGUAGGAGUGCGUUACCUAUUAUAAUCCAUGUAUUUUAUUUGGUUAUACAGUUGAACAUAUUUCUGUGACAAGAAGUUUCUACUCAUUUUGCGCAUGUUAGCUCUGAUUCGUUGAAGCACCGUCUAUAACCAGCAACAACGUGCAUGCGCUCUUAGACGAUUUCACGUGAAAUAAAUAUAUCCAGUGACCAUUUAUUUCUGUAUAUAUUCAAAGUCGGGUUAUGAUCGUGAUUUCAUCUAUAGGAAAUACUGAUGGUGACUAAUAGUGAGGGACAAUUCGCUGGGAGACGGGAAUCGUGUAGCUGUUUACCAGAUGCAUUUUUUCUUACUAUCUUCUUGCCAUCUGUAUAUUCUGUCUACCCUGUAUAUGACGAAGAGAGCAAAAGGCGGGUAUUAAAACUCAGUCAAGCUGCGCGAAACAAGCAUGUUCUUUCGUGAAACGAAGUAUAUGUAACAGAAUACAGGAAAGUGCGGUGAGAUAGUACAAACAUGGACAGAAGAGCAGAGAUAAAUGCCUUGUGUGAAGAUCUACUUCGUCUGAGUACUUGUUUAGUUGAGCGGACGAAAGAAUGGAACAACUAUGUGGAGAUAAUCACAGUUCUGGAGAAGAUUAAAAGGCUGCAGAAGAUGAAGACAGAAUCAUCAAAACGAUCACAGGGGAUUGGACAGUUUAUGAAUUGGCUGAAGGAAAAUAGUGCAGACAUAGAAGGAGCAAGCAUAGCUGAGUUUCCAGGAUACGAUUUAGGCUUAAAAGCUGAGCAUGAUUUUCAGGAAAAUGAAUUAAUUCUAAAAAUACCAAGGCAUCUUAUUUUUAAUACGCUCAAUGCAGCACCAGAGUUAACGGCUCUUAAAAAUGAUCCAUUGAUACACGAUAUGCCUCAAGUGGCAUUGGCAAUUGCGCUUCUCAUCGAAAGAUACAAAGAAAAUUCAAAAUGGAAGCCUUAUUUAGAUGUUCUUCCUACCACUUAUACUACAGUGAUGUAUAUGACAGCUGCUGACAUGAUAGAACUUAAAGGCAGUCCUACUUUAGUACCUGCUUUAAAACAGUGCAGAAAUAUUGCAAGACAGUAUGCUUAUUUUAGUAAGAUAUUUCAAACUGACAAUAACGCUGUAUCUGCUGUACUCAGGGAUGUUUUUACAUAUGAAAGAUACUGCUGGGCAGUUUCUACGGUAAUGACAAGGCAGAACCUCAUCCCGAGCGAAGAUGGUUCGCGUAUGAUCCAUGCUUUGAUUCCAAUGUGGGACAUGUGCAAUCAUGAGAACGGGCCAAUCACUACAGAUUUCAAUCUAUCGUCAAACUGUUGCGAGUGCUAUGCCUUGAGAGACUUCAAGAAAGGAGAUCAAAUAUUUAUUAGUUACGGACCUAGGCCGAAUUCUGACUUCUUCUUGCACUCGGGAUUCGUUUAUAUGGAUCACAAACAUGAUACUUUAAAAUUUUGGGUUGGUUCGUUUCUGGAAAGCAACUUGGAUCCUCAUUUGGCGGAACGUAGGCAGUUAUUAAAAAAAUUGCACUUGCAACCGUGGAGCGAGUUUGUGGUGAAUUCUGGAAGAGAACCAAUUCCAGGAUCAGUGUUAGCGUACAUGCGGGUGUUUCGUAUGCGUAAACCUGAACUUACGCAUUGGAUGUCCUCGGAAAGAGUUGACCAGUUAAAACAGAUCGAUUGUGUUUUAGACAAUCGCACCGAACUUAAAAUAAAAAGGACAGUGCUUUAUGAUACACUGCGGACUUUGAUGCUCAGAUAUCCAACAACGUUGGAGGAAGAUCUGGAGCUGCUCGAAACAACGUUACCGAAAUCUAAAAAACUGGCUGUUCAACUGAGAGUAACGGAGAAGAGGCUUAUUGUGAAUGCGAUCGAGUAUGUGAGAAGGCAGAGCAGUUUAACAAAUCUUACAAAUGGACAUGACUUGAAGAUCUGAUAUUCGAUGUGAUUUUAACUUAUAAAUGAAACGUUUGACGUAGAUCUGAAGUAAGGAACUUAUAUUUAUUAAAUAAGAUACGAAAGGGCGACGAGGACGUACAGAAAAGGGAGCAAUGGUAUAACAUUUAUACACGGUGUAUAAACAUUGAACAAAUCCUGUAUAUGUUUAAGUGUAUUAACAAGUAUACAAUGCAAAAUAUAAUUGCAUUUACGUGUUCCAAAAUAUCUGAUCUUUUGUUUUCGAGAGAUGAGAACUUUAAGGAAGCGUAAACUAUUUUUAACUAUCAUGCCAAUGUUUCCUCGUUGAACUGUAUUUUGAAUAGCGCAUUAACAAAGUUCUAAUCUCUGAUUACAAGACUUAACGAAUACAAUACUGUUACUUCAGCUUUGAUAAAAAAAAGAAUCAAGUGUACAAAUAAAAUGUUAUUACUCAUGAAUAUUUAUUUUAAAAAGAGGAUAGUUAAGAGAUCUAAUUCUGUAUGUAAGCUACUGUACUGUGUUACGCAGGCCUACAAAAUCAGACUUACGAAUAAUUAUACGCAAUAAGAUUUAUCGAUAUUAGAAACUACCUUUAACGAUACGCAUAAAACUAAAACAAACAGCGAGUUCCAAUUAUUUCUCAGUCAUUAAAAUUCUAUCGUGUUGCGCGGUUAUUCGAAUAAUACAAAAAAAUGUUUGAGGCUGUACGCGUAUAUAAAUGGUAACUAUAUAAAACUAUAUCAGUGUAUUUAAACGAGACUAUAUAAAGUAUAAUUCAAUUGACUCGCGUGUAAUACGGAUAAGGAUAACGAAUUAAUGCCAAAUGUAAAUGUGACGUUAACUUACGAUGCACUUCGCUUUAAUACAAGACACAGAAAAUGUA